AUGUGCAACUACAUAUACGUCCGUCGAUGCCCCUCCCCGUCGUCGAUGCCCCUCCCCGUCGUCGAUGCCGCUGACGACGUGGCCCAACAGAAGGAGCUGAGCUGCCAGCACCAUUACCACCUCGUCCAGUCGUGGUGCUCCAAGUACAUCGAGACGCAGCGUCGAUGCCCGCCGACGGUGGUGAGCAAGCAGUACUGGUACGAGAUCCGGCGGCGGUGCGCAACGCAGCCAGCCACGGGCAUCCAUCGAUUGUGCUACCGACGAAUGCUGACUCUGGCCGCCUCGCAGGGGAAACGACAUCUGCGGUACGUCAUGGUUGCCAUUGCUCCCGGCGGCGCCUUGAGCAUCGCUCGCCUCCGGCUACCGACGCGGCUUGCUCGGCAUCCGACGAGGAAGCUCGUCGGACCUCAUGCAGACGGUACAGUCGAGAGGCACGCCGUCCUCGCCACGGCGGCCGCGAAAGGAUGCGAACCCGGCCGCAAGCGACGGCACGCCAUCCCAUGGAGGCGCCUUUGCGCACGCGGCCAAGAGGACGAAUCGUUGGACGACGCCCCGGCCAUCGGCCAAGGGGGACUGUGGCGGCAAGAACGGAAGACGAUCGGCACGCACCUUGGCUCGAAACACCUCACUCCCGCGACGGCGACGGACACGACCAGCAGGCUUGGUUCGACACGGACGCUUCACGGGUGCACGGCGACGGAUGAUUGA